GCAUGUAUCGAGUAUCCCUCUCUAAGUGGCCACAACGCGUUAUUGCUUCGUCAUUCACCUUGACUGCACGCACGCAGUCAUAGCUUAACCUGUCACCAUGACGGAAUACAGCUGCCCACGCACUCACUCGUUAUCUGGUCCGACUUCAGACUCACCUACCGUACAGACGCGCACAGAUGUCAAUCUGGACUCUCACGUUCGAAAGCUGGUCCAAGCAAUCUUGACCACUCCAGAAUUCCAAUCCCGCUUUUGUCCAGGUACAGCCAGUGACGCCUUCCGCAGGGAAACGACAGACUCAACCGUACGAAACGUGUCAGGUCUAGCGGGCAACUCUCGCUUCCACUUUGAGGACUACCUGCCAGACUCCGCGUUCGAAGGGAGUCAAGAAGCUCAGACUCUAGCUGUCAUCUCGGCGCUGAGCCCUGCGAAUGGUAGUGUAAGAAGGAUGGCGAGGAGAUGGUCAAUGGCCGGCACGCAUGAUUCUCAGAGCCGCAGUCGCGCGACGGUAUCCUACGCAUUGGACUCCACACCACAGCGGAAAACCGUCCGCUUCUCAGACAGUUGGGUACGUCGAACCGACCGAUAAGAGCCAAUCUGCGUCAAGAAUCGUCCGACUGCUCGAGCCUCGUGUAUGAUGGCAAGACACGCAACGUGUCAAGCCCAGAACAAGCGCCUGAUCUGUAUCUCAUGUCGGGGGCCCUCCAAUGAUUCCCUCCUAUCCCGU